AUGCAACUCCGGCCACUGUACAGCAAGAUUCAGCUACCAGGGGAACCGCCUGAUAUCAUACGCCUAUUGAAGAUUGAGAAAAUAGAAGGCGACCGAAUCAUUUGCCAUUUGGACCAAGCAAAGGUUUCUGAAGCGCCGGAGUACUCGACGCUGUCCUAUACCUGGCGGUCUCCUCUCUUGAAGGACGAUGGGUCAGACCCGUACCCCAGUAAACAUGUCAUACAUUUCAUCGACGGUGACUCUAUCCCGGUGUUUGACAACCUUUACCAAGCCUUUCUACGCCUGGGACGCUCGGACUUCCGCGAUCAGCAUUUCUGGAUCGAUGCCAUCUGUAUCGAUCAGGACAACACCGUCGAACGAAAUCACCAAGUAGAUCUCAUGGCUCAAAUCUAUCAGCAUGCGAAGCAUGUCAUUGUGUGGCUCGGUCCCGACGAUGAACAUGUAGACGCUGCUUCGAAACUCAUCGAAACGUUGCCUCCUGUUCUUGAGACAAUCCCGGAGAAAGAUUGGAGCAAGCGAAUCAACCCGUGGAAGAUCGACGAAAUAGACAUUCCGGAAUUAAGAAAGGCGAAUGCCAACCAGCAACAGUCAUGGAUUUCGCUGGCGCAUUUCUUCCGCCGCAACUGGUGGUCCCGUUCAUGGGUAAUCCAAGAAGUGCUCUUGUCGCAGAACCUCAAACUGUUUUGUGGGACAGAGCGCGAGAUAUCUUGGGGCGACUUGGAAAGAGUCUCACACUUUCUGUCUACGACUGCAUGGAGACAGGUUCUCUCCGACCAAGGCUUCCUUGGUAUUGCACCUGGCGAAUGUUUGCCAGAGUACAAUACUCCAACUUUUCUCAAAGCUGCCAGACGAGAUUUGAGUGCUGACAACGACUUCCUCUACACCUUGAUAAGAGCCAGAAGACACAACUGCCAAAUGCCCAUCGACAAAGUGUUCAGCCUGUAUGGCAUUGCCUCAGCCUAUGCUCGUGAUCGCACAAAGGUUCCAAAGGCGAACUACUAUCUAACACCUGAUGUGGCUUUCACGCAGACUGCCCGGUACAUUCUGGAAAGCAGCAAAGACAUGCAUAUUCUGGCCCAUGUUGAAGGCUCGAAAUUCCAGAGGUUGGCAAAUCUACCGUCUUGGGUUCCAGACUGGACUGUCACAGAGCCUAUGGGCCUUGGAAUUACUGGCUACAAGCGUUAUUAUGCUGCCGGAGAUCCUCAGCUCCACUACCAGAAGCCACAGUUUCCAGAGCCGCAUAUCUUACGUCUGGAAGCAACUCGUGUUGACCGAAUUGCAGCGUGCAGCAAGCCACGAGGCAAAGACUCAUUUCCAGAUUGGAUGGACCUUCUCCAAGGUCUCGAGAAAGACUACUUCAACAGACAAUCAUGCCACGAAGCAUUCUGGAGGACCCUGAUUUGCGACACUGACAACCACAAAGCAUGCCCAUCUCCACCCGAACUUGAGAUAUGCUUUCGAGCCUGGCUGAAGAAGCACGAUUUGUCAAGGAGGUUUCAAGAGGUCUGCCAAGCCGAAGGCAUUCAGCUGACGAUAAACGACACUGAUGGAUCUUCCCAUGACGCUGAUCGCUUUGAUCUCUGUCUCUCCCACCGACAAUGUCUACGACUUUUUCGAACAGAAGAAGGAUAUCUUGGUUCUGGCACUGAGUGUCUCCAGGCUGGAGACUCCGUGUGGAUGGUUCCUGGGUCGCGCGUUCCACUGAUUCUGCGAGAGCGGCCAUCUCAAGGUGCAUCCAAUCAUCUCUACGAAUUAGUCGGCGGAACUUAUUUGCAUGGCUUCAUGAGACCUGAGCCGGCCGUCUUGCCUAGUGGUAUCGUGCGCAAGGAUGGGACAAGCAGGAUGCUCAAGUACGAAGUUGUCGACAUCGUAUGA